AUGCCGCCUGCAUCAGACCUUGUAGAUGCUAGCCACGAAAAUGAGAAUCCCAUCAAUCUCAGGUCUCCGCGCAAGCCGCGACGGGCUGGCAUUUGGGCUCUCCUCGCACUAGUGCUCCUGGUCAAUCUCGCCGCCAGCCUCUACCAGCUUCCCCUCAGCAGAGUCAUUGAACGACGCCUCUGCCGCGAGCACUACGCAGUCACAGAUCCUUCGGUGAUCGACCGAGAUGGAAACAUCGCAGAGGGUCUCUGCAAGGUGGACGAUGUUCAGCAGGGCCUUGCCUGGAUCCAAGGGACUAUGGAGACGGCGUGGAUCGUGGGUGACUUCAUCAUGACGAUUCCCUUGGGCUUUCUUGCGGAAAAGUACGGUCGGCGGUUCAUCUUAUGCCUCAAUCUCGUGCCCCGCAUCAUCUUGUUGGCGUGGGCCGUUAUCGUGGGCUACUUCGAGCAGACCUUGCCGACCAAGGCCAUGAUCGCAUCACCAUUCUUCUCGGUGCUGGGCGGUGAUUGUGUCUUCAACUCAAUCACAUACGCCAUCGCUUCCAAUAUGACAGACGACCAUGUCUUACGGGCAACGUAUUUCGGAUGGAUGAGCUCUGUGUCUUAUGUCGUCAACCUGCUUGGCCCAGCUCUCGCAUCGGCAUCUAUGAGCCUUCUUCUCUGGCUUCCGUUCUGGAUCGGAAUCGGCCUCCUUCUUCUGGCUUACCCCGCUGUUUCCCUCUUGGACGAAUCGCCUGACAGCCACCAUGACGCGGACGACCAAGCGAGACCUCUCCUCUCGUCUCCUGUCCUAAAAGCGCAAGACGCCGACUCAUCCCUCCUGAGAUCCAUCUUCCAGCGCUUCGGCGUCUUGAGGUCCAUCAUCGCAAGUUAUCCUCGCAACAUGACUCUCCUCCUCAUCAGCUUCGUCCUCACCUCGCUCGCGAGCUCGGACACGAAACUGCUUGUGCAAUACAUCUCGAAACGCUAUCACUGGACCUUCGCGUCAACGGGCUAUCUGCUCUCCGCCAAAGCUGUCGUCAACUUCACGCUCUUGACGGUCAUCAUCCCCGCCAUCCUACGAUCGAGACAGAACAGGUCACGGCACAUCCCGCCCGAGCUGGCCAGUCACCGGAUGAACAUACACUACGCCAACAUCUGCUUGGUCGUCUCUAUCCUCGGCGCUCUCGCGAUUGCCGUAGCGACCCGGAUCUGGAUGAUGGUACCCUCGCUGUUUCUUUACGCUCUCGGCUCGGCGCUGCCGGUGUUCACGCUGUCACUACUCAAGUCUCCCUUCAUCUCACCAAAGCGACACGACCAGCCAGCCAACUCUGCGGAUCCGGAGUCACACAUCUUCUCAAUUGUGAUGAUGGUCAAGACAUCAGGAUCGCUUCUAGGUGCACCGCUGAUGAUGGUCUUAUGGGUGAAGAGCAUAUCUAUCGGUGGCGCAGCUCUAGGCAUCCCGUAUCUUGUUUCAGCCAGUUGCUAUCUUGCUGCGUUGCUCGUCUUAGGUCGUAUUACAACGGAGUAG